UAGGGAUCGGUUAGAAAUGCUCUAAAACAUGUACAAAGUUGAACAUUGGUAACCUUGCUCGCUAAGCUAUAAAUAGACCUACUAGCCUCGGAGCAACUCAACUCUAAGGAUAUCUCAUCUCCACAAAUUAAGGCCUGAGGAUACAAUACACAAAAUAUUGAGCUGAAGGUACGUACGGUGGUGUAGGAAAUCGUCAAUGGACAAGCUUCCCAAGCGCCCGGCUAACUACGUGCCACUUAGCCCGGUUGGGUUCCUUCCGCGCGCCAGUGCAGUAUACGGCGACCGCACAUCGGUCGUCUACGGGCGUCUCAAGUUCACGUGGAGGCAGACGCACGAGCGCUGCCGCCGCCUCGCCGCCGCCCUCGUCUCCCUCGGCGUCCGCAAGAACGACGUCGUCUCCGUCCUCGCGCCCAACGUGCCGGCAAUGUACGAGAUGCACUUCGCCGUGCCCAUGGCUGCUGCCGUGCUCAACACCAUCAACACGCGCCUGGACGCCAAGGCGGUGGCGGUCAUCCUGAGGCACGCCCAGGCCAAGGUCCUCUUCGUCGACUAUGAGUACGUGCGCCUCGCUCACGACGCGCUCCAAAUCGUUGCCGAUGCCGGCGCGCCCGUGCCGCUUGUCGCCGUCAUCGACGAUAUCGACAGGCCCACCUUAUAUCGCCCGUGCCGCUUGCAUAGAAAUCAACACACCUUAUAUUCUGGAACCAAGGGAGUAUACCAGUAA